AAUGGAAAUCACUGAGGACAUCGUUCCAUUGGUUAUCACAUCUAUUGACCUUGUUGCGCCCCCAGUCUUGGAAGCAGCAAGUCGGCUCGAGGCUAGAGUGGCCGCUCUAUACUCGCCCGCACAACGGACCAUAGCUGACAGCAUCGAUUUAGAGAGCUGUCUGCAGCUUCUCUACCUGGUGGCCACCAGCUGUGUCUCAAGUUCCUUGGAAGAGCCAUUGGCACGCUUUUGGCGUGCCAUGCCUCACAAAUACGUGCUGCUGCUAUUGCACAGAAAUCAACCGCUUGCGCAGAUGAACUUGAUGUUGCGCAUUUUGGCUACAUCUGCAAUGCCCAACUCUUUGGGACCAACGGGCAUUCAUGCGCGGGACGAAGCUCAAGACCAAGCGGCUGUGGAGGCAGCGGUUAUCAGUCGACUCACCAACCUCCUAGGGGAAGCCAUUGAACCAAUACCCGACCCACAGCUCCCUUCGCCGGAGCCCAUUGCAGAGGGACCUAUCUGGAAGCUUCGACUCCGGGUGCUUGACGUUUUGACGCAGUUCUCCAUGACUGCGCAUGGGUGCGCAAGGCUGGCCAGCGAUCACUACUGCAUUGGGCGGCUGGUCAAAUACUUGGACCAUUGCGUCGCAUCGUUGUAUGCCCGGCCAUUGUCACCGACACAGAGAGACAAGGUUGCGAGCAUCAAUGCGACCAUGAAGCUGGUGCACUACGUGAGCUCGAACGGGGCAACGCCGAUUAAGAAUAAGCUGAAAGGAGUCGAGCAUGCAUACCACGUUGUCCUGACGCGCAUCACCUUCUCGGACCGGCUGGUGCUAGAGGAGGGAAUCGAGUCGCAAGUGAUUGAUAUGGCGCACGAGAUAUUGGAUGAGAAUGUGGGACCAGAGGAAGGCGAGCAGCUCCUGGAAGUGUUUCCCAGUGCCAACAGCGCUUGAUGUAUAUUGUAUAUGAAUAGCACGGAGUCUUGCUCGAUAUAAUGACACGAUGAUUGAUUUGAAUUGCCGUGCUCGGUGGGCAACGGUGAUGAUGGUGACGAUGCAAAGCACGAAUCGGGGGUCGGGGAUGACGUAAGCGAGCAUGGCGAAAUGAAAGCGAAGUGCGAAUUGCGCGCGCCGGAAGUUUUUGACAGCUGAGAAGCGCCGGCAGUGCUAGGGAGCCCGGUACAAAGGUCCAGGCCGGAGGCCAUCCGAUACAUCAUUGCUCCAUCCAUCCAUCUAUCCAU